ACUGGCAGCUGGCUAAUUAUUGAUGGCCUUGCCGGUCUUCAUGAGGAUGUGUCAAAGUUCAGUCGGUGUGUAUGUGUGUGUUUUUGUGUGUGUGUGUGUUGCGGGGGUGCUUAGACAACAGGGUGUGUCGUCUCCUUCAGGUGCAUAGCUGUGCUAGUUGCCUCUAGCCUCUAACACUGUCCGUCUCGAGUGACACAUCUUGCAAGCUUGGACACAGAUCGUUCCGAGUGUUGCUCACAAGGACUUAGCCAGCUCACACAGACGAGUGACCAGUGCAUGACGACCGUGACUCUGCUGCAGACUCCCACAACCUCCUCAAGCCCUCUAGGAUCAUGUCGGGCAUCUACGAUGAGUCGGCCAGCCAGGAGGAUGGCACAGACAGCUUCUGGGAGGUGGGGAACUACAAGCGUGCUGUGAAGCGGAUUGAUGACGGCCACAGGCUCUGCAAUGACCUGAUGAACUGUAUACAAGAGCGUGCCAAAAUUGAGAAGGCCUACAGCCAGCAGCUGACCGACUGGUCCAAGAGAUGGAGACAGCUGGUGGAUAAAGGACCCCAGUACGGCAGUGUGGAGAGGGCCUGGGUGGCAGUGAUGACAGAGGCUGAGAAGGUAAGUGAGCUGCACCAGGAUGUGAAGAACAGCCUGGUCAACAAUGACUUUGAGAAGGUGAAGAACUGGCAGAAGGACUCCUACCACAAACAGAUGAUGGGAGGCUUCAAGGAAACCAAAGAGGCAGAGGAAGGCUUCAAGAAGGCCCAGAAACCAUGGGCCAAGAAGCUCAAGGAGCUUGAGACUGCCAAGAAGACGUACCACCUGGCUUGUAAAGAGGAGAAGGUGGCGUCGUUCAGAGAGGCCAACAGCAAGGCAGACGCCUCAGUUGCGGCCGACCAGCAAAAGAAGCUCCUGGACAAGGUGGACAGGUGCAAGCAGGAUUCUCAGAAGGCUAAGGAGAAGUAUGAGAAGACUCUGGAUGAGCUGAGGAACUGUACGCCCCAGUACAUGGAGAACAUGGAGACAGUGUUUGACACGUGUCAGCAGUUUGAGGAGAAGAGACUGCGGUUCCUCAGGGAGGUGCUGUUGGACAUCAAACGACACCUCAACCUCACCGAGAACCAAAGCUAUGCCACAGUGUACAGGGACCUGGAGCACACCAUCGCCUCUGCCAGCGCACAGGAGGACCUGAAAUGGUUCAGCAACAACCACGGCCCUGGCAUGCAUAUGAACUGGCCCCAGUUUGAGGAGUACAACCCUGAGAUCACUCACAUGAUCAGCAAGCGAGAGAAGUCAAAGAAAGGGGCAGACGGUAUCAUGCUGACCAACGUGACAGUGGCCCCGGACUAUGUGGCUGCAUCGGCUGGAGACGGGGGCAGUGUGAGCAGCUCUGAUAAGAACCAGGCCUACUCCUCCCAGGACCAGUCGGCAGAGUGGUCAGACGAUGAGCAGGCCGCGCCAAACUCCGGCUCAGACACCAAUGGGGGUGGGGCCAACCCCUUUGAGGAGGAGUCAGCGAAGGGUGUGCGGGUGAGGGCGCUGUAUGACUAUGACGGGCAGGAACAGGACGAACUCACCUUUAAAGCAGGAGACGAGCUGACUAAACUAGAAGACGAGGAUGAGCAGGGUUGGUGUAAAGGCCGGUUGAACAGUGGCCAGCUGGGCUUGUAUCCUGCUAAUUACGUGGAGCCCGUCUAGCUGCUUGUGUACAUGGAGGACACUGCCCCAUUGGUUAGUCACCCAGACUGAACCGUCUGAUCAUACUGCACAUUACCAGAGACUUCAAAGCAAUGCUUCCCCAUCCCUCCUCUCUACCUGUGCAAUCAACACACAGACUGAGCCGUCUUUAUUUAAACACUCCCCGAGGACCCACAUCAGACAAAGGCAGUACCAACACGACCAACACAUAUCAACCACAACACUGGGCUUGGGACCAUGGUUCGAACCACGUCAGUAUACGUGUGCCAACAACAAACACCACAACCGAGAAGCGCAGGAAAACAAUUCAGCAUUUUUGUGUAGCUGUGUUCUAAUUCCAAUGUUGUGCAGUGGUUAUGAUGACAUUCACAUGGCAGAAAGUACGUUCCCUCAUAACAUAUGACAUGGUUUAGUCCAUGGUGCUUGCAUAGCCAGAAUGAGCUAUGUAAAUGAGCUAUGUAAAUGAGCUAUGUAAAUGAGCUAGGUGCAUUGUAAAUAUGUGCUGACGGGUCUGUCAUUCCAUGUAAGGUUCUGAAAGUGACCCCUGUGAAACAGCAGCAGCAGCAGCAUGUGCUGCUGUAUGACAUGAAUGACCUUUAGCUGCAGGAUCACUGACAAAUCACUGUUGAGCAGAGCAGAGCACAGCAGUACUACGCUGUUGAGCCUUGUUCAGUGUAAUGGCAUCGAACAGUGUUUCUCUACCCUCGUUGUACCAGAGACUGGCAAGCUAUGGUUCUCCUCUUUGGAUGACCGUUUAGUUGAAAAGCUUCUCUCAAGAUCAGACGAUGUUGGUGUCAGACAGAUGAGGGACCACUCUCAGUAAUGUCUCAGGGGCCCGGUGCCAGACCAGGGACCGAGGGUUGAAGAAACACCGGUAUAGGACAUAUUCUUUCCCUAAAGCAGCAUUGAGAUGAUGUACUUGUAGUACCUCCGAUCAUACCAUGUUGAUCAUGUGCUUGUAAUUUCCUGACCCCACUGCUUUCUGGACUCAUCACUUUAUGUCGUUUUUCUUUUCUUAAAGUGCACUCUGUGUUCAUUGAGAAAUAUGAAAAAUAUGCUUUACUGUUUUGAUUUCUUUUGACCUUUUUUUGUUUAGCACGUAUUGGGUUUAGGUAGUGCAUUCCUCAGCCUAUGUGUGCCUCCACAAGGGUUCAGUGCAAUGAUAGCAUUGACCCAACAACACUAACAGGUUAACCGGUUUGCCAUCAGAAAUGAACUGUCGCCGACCAAAUUUAAAGUUCGACAAAGACAUUUAGGAAUAUGAGAGAAUCCUGGGAAUUCACUGUAUAGAUGACACAUUUAUCGUAGCAAACUAACGAGAGUCCCACUGCCCCAUGCGAGAUACUAGAUUCUAUCCAUAGAUAUAAAACACAUAUGCAUCUUUUUCUGAGUGAAAAGGAGUCCCCUUAACUGUAUCCCUGCUCAGUCUCGGUCUCUCUCCACCUUGCUCUUCCUGAUCUAACGGUCAUUGCAUACUAGAUCACAAUACGCUGUUAAAUACUACUGAGAGUGAGCCUACUGUACAUGUUGACCAAAUCAUUCCUUCAUUUUAGUUUAUGUUUUUAUCCUGUCAGUUGAAUCCUUAAUCCUUAACAUCAUUUUAGAAACUGAUGCCAAUGAUUUGUGUCUCUUGGCAAAAUUGAGACUUAUCCAAAUAAUGGGCUAUAACGUGAAUCUAUACAGCACACAAUCCUUAAUCCUUGUCUACUGAACUCGUGAAUCAAAGAGAAUCUGCAGCGGAGAUAAUACCUAUAAAAUGUGUGACUGUUAUUAUAUACACACAGUAUGUGUGUAUAUAUAUGUAUAUAUACAGGGUUAACA